GAGCCGCGCCCAGCCCCGCCGCCGCCCAGCAGGCCGCUUAGCCGAGCGCCGAACCCGCCUCUCAGCCCCGCGCAGGCGGUGCCCGCCGCGGCCGCGAUGCGGUGAGGGAUGGCUUUGUCGCGGGGGCUGCGGUGCUGCCAGCGGGCCUUCGCCUGGCUGCCCGUCCUCAUCAUCGCCCUCGUCGUCCUCUGGUCCUACUACGCCUACGUCUGCGAGCUGUGCCUGGUGACUCUGAGUAACCCUGUGGAAAAAGUGGCCUAUCUUAUAAUAUUCCAUAUUCUCUUUGUGCUCUUUGUGUGGACAUAUUGGAAGUCUAUUUUCACUCUCCCGGUGCAGCCAGGCAAAAAGUACCAUAUGUCCUAUGCUGACCAAGAACGCUACGAAAAUGAAGAAAGGCCAGAGGUACAGAGGCAAAUUCUCGCCGAAAUCGCCAGGAAGUUGCCGGUGUACACAAGAACAGGGAAUGGAGGUAUUCGAUUCUGUGAUAGAUGCCUGCUAAUAAAACCCGAUCGCUGUCACCAUUGUUCCGUCUGUGCCAUAUGCGUGCUAAAAAUGGAUCAUCACUGUCCGUGGGUGAAUAACUGCAUUGGAUUUUCUAACUACAAAUUCUUUCUACUGUUCUUAGCCUAUUCUUUGUUGUAUUGCUUGUAUAUUGCUGCAACAGUCUUCAAGUAUUUCAUUAAGUAUUGGACAGGUGAGCUGACUAACGGACGUUCCAAAUUUCACGUCCUUUUCCUUCUCUUUGUGGCGGUCAUGUUCUUCGUAAGCCUUAUGUUUCUGUUUGGCUACCAUUGUUGGCUCGUUAGCAGAAACCGUUCUACUUUAGAGGCUUUCUCAGCUCCAGUGUUUCAAAAUGGCCCAGAUAAAAAUGGAUUCAAUCUUGGCUUUGUAAAGAAUCUUCAGCAAGUGUUUGGAGAAGAAAAAAAGCUCUGGUUACUACCUAUCGCCUCUAGCCAGGGCGAUGGGCAUUUUUUCCCCAUGAGAGCUUUGUGUGAAGCUCAGAAUCCUCUCCUAGCAAACGAAGAGCAGUGGGAAGAUGAUGGGAUAGAUGAAGAGCCUCAUGAUUCUGGUGAAGCUUCAUCCCUUGCCAUAGAACAGGAGACAUAGCGGUUUGAAAAUGCAGCAGUGUAAAGCUGGUUCAGAAAGCUUCCCUCUCAGGAGUCAACAUCCCUUCUCUUGGUAUGGGCUUCAGUUUCGAGGGGUAGAAAACAAGUGGAUCUUCAAGAUUAGAAACCGUCAUGAAGUAUUGUCUGAUUGGAAUCUGCAUUCUAGAGCGCUUCUCCAGAAAUCCUGCUAUCCAGAUGUUCCAAGGCUUUAUAAGUUUAAGUCACGGAGUGAAGAGAACAGUUUUAUAGAGUGAUUUUGGCCGAUGUUCUUUGGCCUGCUCUCUUUAUUUUAUAAAUAAUAUAUAUUUUUUAUUCAAAGUAGGUAAAAAAUAUUGAUGCGAGUGCAUUUCCAAAGGCCUUUUCAUUUUGCAGACAUCAGGGAUUGGAGUUCUUGAAAUUCUUCUAAGCCAUAAUAUUCUUGGGGAUGGUAUUUCCUUUGAGACUGAUUCUCCAACCUUCUCUGACAAGUGAGAUUUUCUAAUAUGUUUGAAGUUCUAUUGUGAGUCGGUUCAACUCAAUGAGAGACAGACCCACUUAAAUUUGGCACUAAAUUGAUAGUUGGAUGUAAGUGUGUUGAAAGACAAAGUGCUGAACAUGCAUAUAUACAUGUGCAGCUGUGUAUGAAAAUAAAAUAUUCACAUUGCCAGUAUCAAGAUUCAAGAAUAUUGUGGCCAUAGAUUAUUUUGUUGUUGUUGUUAUAUUUCUUUUUAGGAGCGUGUAAUUGUCUUAGAGUUUGAGUUAUAGUGCCCUUUAAGCCUAAUCCUACUUGCAGGCACCUAAAAUGCAAAAGGGAACUUUAGACAGUACAUUUUGCAUUUAUUCCUAGGACUAAAAUACCAACGCAUUCCUGGAUUAGUGUCUGAUGGAAAUUUGUGUGUUUAUGGAGUCAGAAAGGAAGGUGUAAAUUUGAAACACGAGUUGGAAAUGUGCACUGAACGUUUAGCGCCAACAAUAGUGUUCGGAGUUUACGCUCCACAAAGGUGGGUUUAGUCCCAUAAUUCCAGAGACAGUUGAUGUACUGACUGUUACCAGACUUCUUCCCAAGUAAAUGUCUUGACUGGUAGUUUAACGUUUUUUCAGCAGUGAGAGGGGAUCAGAUUUUUUUCUUCAUUUUGCUCCAUUUGCAGUCAAAGGAAUGUAUCACUUUUUAUUCUGUGGAACAGAACUGAGAAUUUGCUGGCAGGAUUAUAUGCAUUUUUCUAGACCUGAGGUUUUUUAUCUGCAUGAUUCAGACCUGGCAACUCCAUCACUCAUGUUUGAAUUUGGUGCAUGCUUAAAGUAUUAGUAUACUGCCUUUAAGAUCAUUUGUUAACAUUUUCUAUCCUGUUUUUGUGUUUAUCAGCCCAUUUGUGUUGACAGUGACUACAGAAGCAGUUGUGCAUGUCAUGAGAAAUUACCUGAUAAGUAUCUGUUUGGUGACAAAGGCCUUGCCUACAUACUAAAUCCUUUUUUCCUCUGUUUAUUCUGCUGCUGCUACCAGUGGAAAUGUGUUCAUGAGACAGAAGAGAGUCUUGCACAGAUUUUCUGUCCAUAGGAGCAGACAUUUACCAGGUAUAGACUGUGCCCUGCAGGCAGGUAUUUUAUACAUCAGCCUCUGUAGUUCGGUGUAGAGCAGGCAGCAACUUCUGCAGAAUGUCUUAUCACCGAAGUUUAGUUGUUAGGAGUCAGGGUGGGCUCUGCCAGCCUUACUGUAGGUCAGUCUCUCUCCUCCUCGGAGCGGGCUGCACGCUUUGCAUGUUCCUACUGCAGUCUUUUCAGCCACGUCUGUUGGGUGGUUCGGUCAUCAAAGGGCUGUUGAGUGCUGAAACUAUUUUUCCUGUCAGUCUAACCCUGCAUUUCUAAUGUAGAUCCUGUGGUGGACCUUAAAGGGCGUUUGAUGGAAGAUGGCAGUAGAAUUAAUCACCGUAUUUCUGGCAAAAUAUGUUCUGGAGGGGGAUCUCGAGAGGAAGGUGGCAGCUGAACACAGUAGGGCACGUCUAGGAAUUCAGCACCAUCAGAAGUGCUGCUUGUGCCUUUUAAAACUCUAAAUUCCUCAUAUAUAAAACCAGGAAGAUGAUCUGGUGACUUUCAUUCUGUCAACUAAAGCAUAUUGUUAAGACAGCAGGAUCAGAGCUCUCGCUGAAACCAUGUGGAUUUACAGGAAUUUCCUGAGCAGGUUCUUGUAUCUGUUCUGGGUUUGGUUCUGGUUGCAGCCACGUCAUUCUUUCUGUAUUUCUCUGACCAGCAGCAGCAGCAGCGCUGCCUACAAGGUCUGCAGGCAGCAUCCCUGCCUGCCGUCGAGCUGCAGCGCUGUUCCUUAGGGAGUAUAUAAAAUCAAUUUCUGUCUUCUAAUGAUGGCUAAACCAGAUGUCUUUGUGAUAUCACACGCAGCUAUCCAGCUCCGAUUCAGAAACGGCUGUGAAGGUUUCCAAGGAACUUACUCUUACUCAGUAACCUUUCCUGUAAGGAGUUAUGGCUGGUCUUUCCCUUUCCUUACGAGCAGCUCAGCCUCACUCGGUUAUAACUAACACUUGUCCAGGUCAGAACAGUAAAUAGUUUGAUGGCUUCAGAACCGCUUCAGGUCAAUAUUCACGCAUCAGGUUUUUAAAAGCUUCAGGAUGAAACUUGAAACAAAUACAGAAGUUGUGUCAAAAUGAGGCAGGACCAAAUGUGGAGAAAACGUCCGUCUGAGUGACGGAACAAGCUUCAUUUGUUCUCUUUUGCGUACUUAAAGGAGAUAUCCGUAUGCUGCGCCUGGCGUUCGUGUUGUUGGUGCCGCGUUCCCGUGCCACAGAAUAGCUGGGCAGGUUCCUCUGCAUCCCGUGAUUAAAGCCGAGCGCAGAAAGCUGCAGCGAGAGGUGGGUGUCCAGGAACACGGUGUCCGUGGGGCGCUUGCUGAAGACAUUACGCGUCUGGGUUCUUCAAGGCAGCAUGGAAAUGAGCAGUCAGAUCCCUGCGGGGAAACAGUGUUUCUCAAAAUACUGAUGCUGAGAUCUUUGUGCUCGGUGCAUUAUUGCAGCUGAUGCCGCAAACGUAAGUGCAGAUGGCCUACUAAGGAGCACACAGUUUUUCCAAUUAGUAUUUUUGGCCUUUAAAAAGGCUGUUAACUAGAGAUCUGGGCAGUGUAAAAGCAGCAAUUUUGCCUGCACGCCCUGCUACCUGCGGUUUUAAAGCCUGGCUGCUAUUUACUUUUUAAAUUGACUUUCUUUUCCCCUUAGCUUCUGAAAGAAGGUCUCAUACAAAGCAUAUGAUAAAUGCAAGAUGUGUAAAGUUCUGUUCAACAUGCUAGGUAAAUGCACUGGAAAACAGAAAUUCCUCAGGCUGUCUGUACUCACUGCUGCAGGUAACAAAGGAGAUGAAGCAUUCAGCUGAGUGUGUUACAUGCAAAUAGCUCUUUAAGGGGUACACCCACUACAACAUCUCCUUUGUUUUCCACCCCGCUAACCCUCACCAAGGCUCCCCACCACACCAUCACUACCUGUAAGGGCUGCGCGAUGAAACCUCUCCCUUGGGUGCAGCGUGGCACCUCCAGCUCGCCUGCCCUGCCCACCCCUCCUCAACAGCCUGCACCCUCCAUCCCAGCAUUCCGGCCCUGGGACUCACUCUGACAAGUCUCACCGGUACUGGCAAUACCGUAGCUCCGGGUGCUGACCGGUUUGUUUGUCGUACUGCCUGUGCGGCCAUACAAGCGUUUCAGAUACACCCUGAGCCCCCCGUGUGCCCAGGAGCAGUGUUGUCAUUCCCACUAGGUUUGCUACCUCGUGACAUUUACUGUCAGUCUCUGCCUAGUUAGGUGCUGUCAGUGCAGUGGCACCCCAAAAAUUCAGUAACCUCCCGAGGUUUGACUCUCAGCUGUGAUGCUGGUUUCAGCAAUGUGGCUGUAAGUGCUGCCACCCGGUGCAGCGUGGAAGCAGCAAGGCAGCUGUCUUGACCCCUGCCGGGGGCUGUUCUGUCUGGCUUGGCAUCAGAUCCAUGCUACAGGAUAAAGCAGAAGCGAAGCGAAGCGCUUUGGGGCUCGGCAUCAGAAAUGGCUCUUGUCCUUCGUGGAUCUUGUACUGCUGGUAGAGCUUGAGGUGUAGAAGCACCUGGUGUUUAGAGAGGAACGGUUUUGUUGGCUUAGCUUAACGUAGCGGAGGGAGGUGGAUCUGGCGGCUGCCAGGAGAGCUCUGUGCGUGGCCACGGGGCUGCUCUGGAGCAUGGCCCGCGCCUCCCACUGCUCACCGAGGUGCCCGUCACCGCUGGCGUUAUUCCCAUGGGACCGUGGGAGCUGCAGUAGGACCACCAGAUGCUGUCUGUAAUUCUACCGACAGUCAUCAGGUAGCAGUAAUUAGGGCUUGAGCGGGAGCCAGCGUUGCAGGUGUCAAGAGGCUCACCAGGAGUCUGGAAGCGUGGGACACAGCCGUGGUUUUGUUAGCGUCUGUCAGGGCACAGCAGAGCAAGAGUUCGACCCAGGUGCAGCGCGUUGUACCUUGCCUUUGGCCCAUUUAUUUGUAUUUCAGGAUUUUACAAAUGCAUUUCACGUCUUUUGUGAGUGAGGACGGUCUCUGCUAUAAGCAGCUUUUCCAAGUACGCGUUGUCGUGUGAGAAAGAACGCUUCUCGCUGGAUUUCACUGCCACUCUGUCCCAUCCCUGUACUCCAAAAUUAAUGCUCUGAAAUAACCGACCACACUAACAGCCCCCCCCUCACCUCUCCCCCUUAUCUCCCAUUUACAUUUAUAGAGAAAACAUCAUAUUGAUGUUUCUGUGGAUAGUAUUGUGGCAAGCCCUCUCCUUGGCCAGUGAGUCCUGCCCAAGGAGUCGGGACUUCUGUAAGCCUCACUGCACUGCAAUUUUGUUUUGCCUCUCGCUGACUUGGUACAGUAUGGUUUUGGGGUGGAGUAAGAUGGAAUUCCUUUAACAGGGAGCCGUCCUGUGGGGUUUUAGCAGGCUGCACCUGGUGUGUGUAGUGUUUGUCAUUGACAAGAACCAGGAAGCUUCCCAAUAGCAUUAUAGCAAUGAAUGUUUCCUUCCUGGAACAAACCAGAAAUGUGAUUCAGCAAGAGCUGUACUAGCUGUAGGGUUUUAGUUCUGUCUGCUGGUGUGGACUGGAAGCACAACUUGGUGUUAGUUACUGAACCUGAUGCAUAAAGUCUGUAACAUAAAAUGAAUGUAGAACUUCAGGGAAAAAAAAAAACCCACAAACCCACCCCUUUACCUUUUCUUCCCCGAAGUCAGAUAUUAAGACUGAUGUGCUAAGGUGGAUUCAGGGACCCGCUGCCUCCCACGCAGUCGUUAGGCCAGCGGAACAGAUACUCUGUUUGCAUAGCUGGCUGGUUCACAGAAGUGUUGAAUUAGCAGGUUAAGGAGGUACCAUUGACCUUGUUUAUUAAGCCAGAAUUAACUCGAGUCAUGUUUUCACUUCAGUGACUCCUGUGGUACAACUCUUUGAAAUUGAUCCGUAGUACUUGAAAAUACCUUGAUUUUAUUGAUACUUUUCCAAUUCUAUCAGCUUCUGCUUUGUUACAGAACAUUUGCAAAAAUAAACUCAUUCUGAAACCAUCCGUUCAA